AUGACACGCUCAUUGUCUUCUCUUUGCAAGAAACCUUUUACUCUUCCACCCCUUGGCCCUCCUCUGCCCAGAGAUGAACUCGUGGAUGAAGAGAUAUGCCCAAGUUAUAAUUCCAAGAAUUUCUAUCCAGCAAACCCAGGCGACGUGCUAGCCGACCGUUAUCAGAUUCUCGUCAAGGUUGGCUGGGGGGUUUCCUCGACCGUAUGGAUUGCUCGUGAUAUGAGGGGAACCGAAGAGGACCCCGAGGGCGUGGUCGCGCUGAAAAUCACAAACACCAACCAAGAGGCAGCUGAUAGCGAAUGUCAAAUUGAGCAGCAUAUCGCAGAGGCUGAUCCAACGCACCGCGGUCUAGGUCUUUUUCGGACACACUGCGAAUCUUUUGAUAUUACUGGCCCAGAAGGCCAGCAUUUGUGUCUAGCUUAUGAAGUUAUGAGGGAGCCAUUCUCGAUCUUCAAGAGGCGUUUUGAAAAUGGCAGAAUCCCGCUUUUUCUUACAAAGACAUACAUUUUCGUGCUCCUUGCAGGCCUGGAUUAUCUACACACAAGCUGCAAGGUUGUUCAUACCGAUUUAAAACUUGAGAACUUUAUGGUCACGCUGGAAAAUCCGGAAGUGUUUGGUGAAUUUAUGAAUUCUCAGUUUGAACAGCCGAUGGAAUACAAAGUGGACGCUGAUGGUCGACAUGUUUAUCGCUGCCAUAACGAUUUCGGGCCACUCAAGACAUUGAGAAACAUCAUUCCAAAAAUUGUUGAUUUUGGUGGAUCUAUAAGACUUGAUGGCGAUGAUCAGUUAGGAAUUCUCCCCGUCCAACCCAAUCACUACCGUGCACCCGAGGUUAUUCUAGGCUGUGGCUGGGAUUCGAGCACCGAUAUCUGGAAUCUAGGUGUCCUUCUGUGGGAUAUGAUCCAAGGUCAAGAACUGUUCCGACAGGUUCAAGAUUCACAGGGUCGUUAUGACGCUAAAUCACAUCUGGCAGAAAUGAUCGCUUUAUUGGGCUCUCCUCCAGCAGAACUGCUUACAAGAUCAGAGCAUAUGCGAGAAGUCAGGUGGCCUAUGGAGAUACUGAAUGAUCAUGGCGCUCUCUGCAACACCGUGGAACAAUACUUUGACGGGCCGUUCUUUGAUCAAGAUGGCAAGUUUUUACACAAUGACUUGAUUCCGGACCGAAAGCUUGAUAGUACCAUUACUGUGCUUGAACAAGAAGAGAAAGAGCAAUUCUUAUCUCUGGCACGACUGAUGCUCGCUUGGAACCCGGAUGAAAGAAAAACAGCCCGCGAACUCAUGGAGCACCCCUUUCUUAAGAAAAACUAA